AGCGUCGUCCUGGAGCAGAUGACCCACAAGUCGAGCGGCGAGCAGGCGACCUCCCACCACGUUCCUGGAAAGCCUGGAGGCCUGGACGUCAAGGCCCUGCGAGCCUUCAGAGUGCUGCGGCCGCUCAGACUGGUGUCGGGAGUUCCCAGUCUGCAGAUUGUGUUGAACUCCAUCAUGAAGGCCAUGGUUCCCCUGCUGCACAUCGCUCUGCUGGUCCUGUUCGUCAUCAUCAUCUACGCCAUCAUCGGCCUCGAGCUCUUCAUCGGACGCAUGCACAGGACCUGCUACUACACCGGGAGUGACAACUACGUGGAGGACGACCCGGUUCCGUGUGCGUUCGCGGGCCACGGCCGGCAGUGCGUCAUCAACGGGUCGGAGUGUCGCGGCCGCUGGGACGGACCCAACGGCGGCAUCACCAACUUCGACAACUUCUUCUUCGCCAUGCUGACGGUGUUCCAGUGCAUCACCAUGGAGGGCUGGACCGACGUCCUGUACUGGAUGAACGACGCCAUCGGCUUCGAGCUGCCCUGGGUCUACUUCGUCAGCCUGGUCAUCUUCGGAUCCUUCUUCGUUCUCAACCUGGUUCUGGGAGUUCUGAGCGGAGAGUUCAGCAAGGAGAGGGAGAAGGCGAAGGCUCGGGGAGACUUCCAGAAGCUGCGAGAGAAGCAGCAGAUGGAGGAGGACCUGUGCGGCUACAUGGACUGGAUCACGCAGGCCGAGGACAUGGACGAGCUGGACGAGGACGGAAACCCCCGUAAGACCCCGUCUGGUUCACGUGGGUGGUUCUGUAUGUCUGGUAUUGAUGUCUGUAUAACUGGUUUUGUCUUCUGUCCGUCAGCGAGUCUUCCUGCCAGUGAAACAGCUUCUGAAAACACCGAGAACAUCGAUGAGGAGCACACCAACUGCUGCCAGGCCUGCUGCGCUCGGAUGAUGAAGAUCGGCUGCUGCCGGACGCUGCGGCGCUGGAACCGGGUCUGUCGGAGAACGUGUCGCACGGCCGUCAAGUCGGUGACGUUCUACUGGCUGGUUCUGCUGCUCGUCUUCCUCAACACCUCCCUCAGCGCCUCCGAGCACUACAACCAACCCAACUGGCUGACACAAGUCCAAGACAUCGCCAACAAGGUGCUGCUGUCCCUGUUCACGGUGGAGAUGCUGCUGAAGAUGUACAGCCUGGGCCUGGCCCACUACUUCGUGGCCUUCUUCAACCGCUUCGACUGCUUCGUGGUGUGUGGAGGCAUCAUGGAGACCAUCCUGGUGGAGAUGGACAUCAUGCCGCCGCUCGGCAUCUCGGUGCUGCGCUGCGUCAGGCUGCUGCGCAUCUUCAAGGUCACACGCCAUUGGACGGCUCUGUCCAACCUGGUGGCGUCGCUGCUCAACUCCAUGAAGUCCAUCGCCUCGCUGCUGCUGCUGCUCUUCCUCUUCCUCAUCAUCUUCGCGCUGCUCGGCAUGCAGCUGUUCGGGGGGAAGUUCAACUUCGAUGAGACGCAGACCAAGCGCAGCACCUUCGACGCCUUCCCGCAGGCGCUGCUCACCUGCUUCCAGAUCCUGACAGGCGAGGACUGGAACGUGGUCAUGUACGACGGCAUCAUGGCGUACGGCGGCCCGGUGUUCCCAGGGAUGAUCGUGUGCGUUUACUUCGUCAUCCUCUUCAUCUGCGGUAACUACAUCCUGCUGAACGUCUUCUUGGCCAUCGCCGUGGACAACCUGGCUGGAGGAGACGGAGAUGACAAGAAGAAAGAGAAGAAGACGGAAGGAGGUGAAGAGGAGGAGGAGGAGGAGCCUGAGGGAGGAGCAGAAGUGAAGGUGGACAUUGACGAAGACACUGAGUACGAGGAGGAGGAGGAGCUUCCUGAAGGAGAUGAAGACGGAGGAGUCCAGUUAAAGAUGGCCGACCUGGCUCCGCCCAAAGAGAAGGUUCUCCCGAUCCCAGAGGGCAGCGCCUUCUUCUGCCUCAGCAAGACCAACCCCAUCCGUGUGGCCUGUCACACUCUGAUCCACCACCACAUCUUCACCAACCUCAUCCUCGUCUUCAUCAUCCUCAGCAGCUGCUCGCUGGCCGCCGAGGAUCCCAUCAGAGCCCACUCCUUCAGGAACAACAUCCUGGGUUAUGCCGACUACGCCUUCACCUCCAUCUUCACUGUGGAGAUUCUGCUGAAGAUGACCGUCCACGGAGCGUUCCUCCAUCAGGGCUCGUUCUGCAGAAACUGGUUCAACCUGCUGGAUCUGCUGGUGGUCAGCGUCUCUCUGGUCUCCUUCUUCCUGCACUCCAGCGCCAUCUCAGUGGUGAAGAUCCUCCGAGUCCUCAGGGUUCUCCGACCUCUCAGGGCCAUCAACAGAGCCAAAGGACUCAAGCAUGUGGUCCAGUGUGUGUUUGUGGCCAUCAGGACCAUUGGAAACAUCAUGAUCGUCACGACUCUUCUGCAGUUCAUGUUCGCCUGCAUUGGAGUCCAACUCUUCAAGGGUAAAUUUUAUCGCUGCACAGACGAGGCCAAACACACUCCUGAGCAGUGCAAAGGAACGUUCGUGGUCUACAAAGACGGCGACGUGAGCCACCCGAUGGUCAGAGAGCGAAUCUGGCAGAACAGCGACUUCAACUUCGACAACGUGCUGAUGGGGAUGAUGGCGCUGUUCACCGUGUCCACCUUCGAGGGCUGGCCGGCGCUGCUGUACAAAGCCAUCGACGCCAACGGAGAGAACUCGGGUCCCAUCUACAACUACAGGGUGGAGAUCUCCAUCUUCUUCAUCGUCUACAUCAUCAUCAUCGCCUUCUUCAUGAUGAACAUCUUCGUGGGUUUCGUCAUCAUCACCUUCCGGGAGCAGGGAGAGCAGGAGUACAAGAACUGUGAGCUGGACAAGAACCAGCGUCAGUGUGUUGAAUACGCUCUGAAGGCUCAGCCUCUGAAGCUCUACAUCCCCAAGAACCCGGUCCAGUACAAGUUCUGGUCCAUCAUCAACUCCACGGGCUUCGAGUACGUCAUGUUCGUCCUGAUCCUGCUCAACACCGUCACUCUGGCCGUGCAGCACUACGAGCAGUCCAAGACCUUCAGCUACAUCAUGGACAUCCUCAACAUGGUCUUCACCGGGCUCUUCACCGUGGAGAUGCUGCUGAAGCUGCUGGCGCUCAGGCUCAGGCAUUACUUCGUGGACGCCUGGAACUCCUUCGACGCUCUGAUCGUGGUCGGCAGCGUGGUGGACAUCGUGGUCACCGAGUUCAGCAGCGGCGAGGACAGCUCCCGCGUCUCCAUCACCUUCUUCCGCCUGUUUCGAGUCAUGCGAUUGGUCAAGCUGCUGAGUAAAGGGGAGGGGAUCCGCACGCUGCUGUGGACCUUCAUCAAGUCACUGCAGGCGCUGCCGUAUGUCGCCCUGCUCAUCGCCAUGAUCUUCUUCAUCUACGCCGUCAUCGGCAUGCAGACGUUUGGGAAGAUUGCGAUGCAGGACUACACUCAGAUCAACAGGAACAACAACUUCCAGACGUUUCCUCAGGCUGUCCUGCUGCUCUUCAGGUGUGCGACAGGUGAGGCGUGGCAGGAGAUCAUGUUGGCGAGUCUUCCGGGGAAACGCUGCGAUCCAGAGUCCGACUACGAACCGGGAGAAGAGUUCAGCUGCGGCAGCAACUUCGCCAUCGUCUACUUCAUCAGCUUCUUCAUGUUGUGUGCUUUUCUGAUCAUCAACCUGUUCGUCGCCGUCAUCAUGGACAACUUCGACUAUCUGACGCGUGAUUGGUCCAUUCUGGGGCCGCAUCACCUGGACGAGUUCAAGAGGAUCUGGUCCGAGUACGACCCCGAGGCCAAAGGUCGGAUCAAACACCUGGACGUGGUGGCUCUGCUCCGGAGGAUCCAGCCUCCUCUGGGCUUCGGGAAGCUCUGUCCUCACCGAGUGGCCUGCAAGCGUCUGGUGGCCAUGAACAUGCCUCUGAACGCCGACGGGAUGGUGACCUUCAACGCCACGCUGUUCGCUCUGGUCCGCACCGCCCUCAAGAUCAAGACCGAAGGUAACCCUGAGCAGGAGAACGAGGAGCUGAGGGCGAUCAUCAAGAAGAUCUGGAAAAGGAUGAAGCCGAAGCUACUGGACGAAGUCAUCCCGCCUCAUGAGGAGGAAGAGGUGACCGUUGGCAAGUUCUACGCCACCUUCCUGAUCCAGGACUACUUCAGGAAGUUCAGGAAGAGGAAGGAGAAGGGAGAGAUGCCCGGAGAGUCGGACUCGGCCAAUCCCUCAGCCAUACAGCUGUGUAAAGCCGGAUUGAAGACGCUGCAGGACCUCGGUCCAGAGAUGCGUCUGGCUUUAAACGAAGACCUGGAGGAGGAGGAGGAGGCCAUGAUGGACGAGGAGGAGCUGGAGGAGAGCGCCGCCUAUAAAGAAAACGGUUUUGGACCCGACAAAGAUCGACGAGGCUCCAUACUGACACCUACAGGUCCUGGCGGUGUCAUCGGUGACGGCGGCGUCUCCAACGGCGGUCUGAUCCACCGCGUCGGCUCCCUCACCAAGAUGGCGAACGGCAACGAGCACGAGGAACACCUUCGCCGCGGAGACAGCGUCAGGUCGUCCAUCAACCACCACCAGCGCCACCCGUCGGUGAAGAACGGCGUCCUGGACCACGGGCACAAGAGGCCGUCCUACUACAAGCACGGCAGGGACUCAAGGGACCGAACCUGGAGGAACGGAGACGUGGAGGCGUACGGAGAGCAAGGUUACUACAGCAGGGAGGAGGACAACGACAGCAUCACCUCCAGAGACAGACAUUACCCCGACGAGCCUCCCCUCUACAGAGACCACUACGAUGGCCACGCCUCCUACAACAGUAGCUAUGGCAACGGCUACAGCGAUGGCAGGAGGACGACCCGGAGGCGCCUGCUGCCGGCCACGCCCACAGGUCGGAAGCCGUCCUUCAACAUCCAGUGUCUGAGGCGGCAGGGCAGCAGCGACGACCUGCCCAUCCCCGGCACCUACCACCCCACGUCGCCGCCGCGCCGCACACGUGCACAGCAGAUGCUCAACAGCUACGAGUCCCGUCACUCCUCCGGCCGCUCCUCGGCGGCGUCCUCGGCGUCCUGGGCGAACCCAUGUCCUCGCCGCGGGCGCCUCCUCUACGCGCCGCUGAUCCUGGUGGAGGAGGAGGGAAGCCCGCCGUGGGGGGGAGGAGCCGGAGGGGAGGGCAAGAAGGGAGACGCAGGAAGAGGUGUCAGUGUGACGGGUGCAGCUCCCAGACCGGCCUGGUACGGUGGCCCAGCAGGGACGUCAGCUCCGCCCCCCUACCGGGCCUACACCACCCUCAGAGUUCCCUCGCAGCUCGGCGCUCAGUUCACGGAGAAGCGAGGAUCAGCCGACAGUCUGGUGGAGGCGGUUCUGAUCUCGGAGGGCCUCGGGCUUUACGCUCGAGAUCCAAAGUUCGUGGCGUUUGCGAAGCGAGAGAUCGCCGACGCGUGUCACAUGACGGUGGAUGAGAUGGAGUCCGCCGCCAGCGACCUGCUCGGUUCCGGGAGUCACGGUUUCCUGGGCAACGCUGGCGCCGACCCCGCGGCGCUCUACAGCGACGAGGAGCCAAUCAGGACGGGCCGCGAUGAGGACGAGCUGGCGGACGAGAUGACCUGCGUGACGUCGUUCUGAGCCUCUGGACCAAUCAGGGACAGACUGAGGGGGGCGGGGCAUCUGUCAU